UUUACAUCAAAGGAGUGUACAGCACAGGGUAAACAGCUUGCAGCGUGGCUGUUGUCGUGUUGCUUUGAGGGCCCGGUUAACCGUCACAAGUUGGUGUGUACUCAGCGAAGCCUACGUUGCCGCCUGCGGCGGAGUGAAGUGGAGAGGGAGGGGGGGCUACGAAGUCGAAAGGUGAAUAAUAGGGCCAUCAUGGAUAGCAAUAGCUGUUACGCGUGCUACGCGGAGAUUGCGGAUGUUGUUUCCAGCAUUAAAUGUCUGUACUACCAUCAGACAAAAGGCAGAGGUGGAACAGACUUGUUGCACCGUAUAUGGCGCUCGAUGGGGGAGCUGUUGGAGGAGCAGCUCAUAACGAAAAGGUCCUGCAUUGUGACAGACUUCUUCCAUGCUAGCGUCAAAGUGCAGAAAGCUCAGUACUUUGAUGGCUUUUGUCACUUUUACAAGCCUCAGUUUGUACUUUUACCGGACUUUAUCUCAAAGUUUCACCUGCAGAAUGUUCUCACAACUGCUGACGCUCACUAUCAUGCCACCGUGCCCCACUACAUCAGCUACUCAGGCAUUGCGGAUGCGACUGGCACUGAUCGAUUUGUGGUGGAGGCGGCCAUUCAAGACUCCACGCGUGAAAUCGGGAAGUAUCUUGUUCGCAACCCUAAGACGGUGCUUCGCAUCGACAUUGGCAUCGCUUUUUUGGAGUUUCGUGGUCGCGAGUACCGCAUUAAGUGGACGGAGGAAUUUCUGCAGCGGUUCAGGAAGGCUGUGGGGCCACGGUGUGUUGUGUCACCGUAUGACCCCCCGCCGAUGUUACCUGCGGCGACGCGGUGCCGCUUUCAGACGGACUGCCUGUCGAAGGACACUCUUCAGGCGUCGGUGGCGAACACCGUGGAUCGUGAGAAACGUCUGGCAGUGGUUGAGAUGAAUGACUCGAAGGGAUGCUCGGGGUUCCGAAAGUCGUUUUGGUGA